CAGAUUCCUAGUCGACACGCGAAGAGUCGUCUACACCUGCAAGCAUGAGAGAGGAAUACUUUAGAUGUAGUGGAUGUAACUAAAACACAAACCACACAGUGUGUAUUUUGUAGCAGUAUUACACCACGGAGCUGCAUAGUAACAACAAAACAUGAAGACGGAUACGUCAUGGCAGAUACUUGUUCUUAGUUUGGUUUUAACAACACAUUCCUCCCAAGCUAGCACGGCCUGCCCUGAAUCCGUAACAAAGAAUUCAAUCGCACAUAUGUGUAAAGAUGAAGCCAUCGGGAGUGUUACCGGACUACUUCUUGACGUGUUCGUACCAGUCAACACAAAAACCACCUGCAACUGCUCUCUUUACGCAUCACAACACACGGCGAUUGGUAUAGGUGCCGUUCAACUUCCAGAUAUGAACUGUGAAUCAACAUUAACUAUAAACACACAGAGGAAGUUGAUUUAUAGUUGUGUAAAUGAGAACAAUUCAGUCGGGUAUGGAGAAAAUAUUGUACGCAAUAUUACUCAAUCUAGUAAUUUGAUUGAGCUGGAAACAAGCAAUGCACCCAUUAACGUUACUUACUGUCUAUACUUCUACAGUAAAGGAGGCGGAG